AUGGCGAACAGCAAGGUUGGCAGAUUCUCAUCGAGCGCCCUCAAGUCUCUCAAAGCAGCCAAUCCGAGUCUAACAAUUGCAACAAGAUAUCAAAAUGAUCUUCUCGAGCCUUCACUUCCGAUCGUUAUGAUUCGCGUUGGUAGGGGGAAGAACACUACACCCUUUGCCAUUCACAAAAACGUCCUCGAACACUGCAGCCCAUUCUUCAAGUCCGUGUGGAAUCCUGAUCGGGAUACCAACACCACUCAUGGAACUAAUGCACGGGAAGACUCUAGUGGAUCUGAAACAGAAUCAGGAUGGGUACGAGUACCUGGUACCAACACGAGGCGCCUCAUCGAAUUCGAGCUCGAUGUCAACGUAGCGGCAUUCAGACUUUACGCAGAAUGGGUCUACUCAGGUUAUAUUCCGCAAGGUCCCUUGAGGGUCAAUGCUGAGGAUGUCGAUUUCUCUACUAUCGGUCAAGCAUACAUCCUCGGUGAGAAGCUCCAGGACGAGAAGUUCAGGAACGCAAUCGUCGACUUGCUUCUUGAAACAAUCAUUACGCAAGGCAAUAUGGACCUGACCCUACCGACACUCGUUUUCAAAGAAACCUCGGCCUCUGCACCUUUGAGAAAGCUUUUGGUCGACCUUUAUGUCUGGUAUGGACACAAGGACUGGCUGAAGCCAGAUGGCUCCAAGACAUCCACGUCUUCUGUCUUUCUUUCAGACCUGUCAGCUGCUUUCUUCGAUCGUCAUGACUAUGACGGAGUUCCCAAAGCCAACAUCCUAACUCUGAACGCCUGCAACUACCAUGAGCAUCCAGAUGGAAAGGUUUGUUCGAACGGUAUUAGCCACCCGCGAGAGAUGGUUGAGCUGGGAUCAGAACCAUAG